AAUAAUUCGAAUGAUAUAUUCCAAAACCGGUCAAAAAUGAGAAAAGAGACUUGCACAUGAUAGGAGGGUUGAAGCUCAUCAAAAAGAGGGGAAACUGAAAGGAGAUGUGGAACAUGUGGGGUUGCGAGAAAGAGACACACGAAAUGAGGGAGAUACCUCCUCUUGUGGAGGGGACGUAACCGAUAAAACUGUUAGACAUAGCCUGUUGAUCCGUGGCGCUUGCCAGUUGUAGACGCAACGGACGACGCGUCGUAUUAAAAAAGUGAAAUCGGUCAUUAAAACACUUAUUGUACAUACAUACUAAAACAUUUCUUAUCAUUUACUUUCAAAAGUGAUACGAUUGAAUACUCUUCAAAGUGAAGCUUAUUUACAAACGGAUUUAUUGAGAGACCCAAAGAGCAGUGAGAGUAAUAGCUCGGUCAGCAGUAGUGUGAAUCAGCAAGCGGAAAAGCAACGGGGUGAAGUGAGAGAGGUAAUCGAGAAGGAGACCGACGGUCAUUGAGUUCAGGGUGCACAUGCUGAGAAGACGAGAAAUAGUGAACGUUAAAAUUUACUACACGUCGCCGUCGUCGUUAUUAUCAUCGUUGGCGUCGUCAUCGUUAUCGAAAUGAUGCCUUGGAUUAAUAAAUCGGUCAGUUUUGGAAUUAUUGGAGGGCUCCUAAUUAUUUUGGGAGCCUUUUUGUCUUUUUUUUCGACGACCAUCUUUGAUCAAAUUCUUAAAAAGGAAUUGAUAUUUUCCGAAGAUUCAAAGAGCUUCAAUAUAUGGAAGAAUACGAGUAGUCUGCCGCAUAUGUAUUUAAACAUUUAUUUCUUCAAUUGGACGAAUCCAGAAGAAAUAACUAUACCCGAAAAGAAACCGAAUCUAGUUCAAGUCGGUCCGUACAGCUUUAUAGAGGUAAGACAGAAAGUAAAUAUUACGUUUCAUCCUGAGAAUGAUACUGUCAGUUAUUUUCAACAACGAUGGUGGUACUUUGAUCAAGAACGCUCCAAUGGAACAUUACAAGAUAAUAUCACACAACUCAAUGUUGUCGCAGUGUCGGCUACGCACAAAAUACGAUACUGGUCUUAUUUCAUGCAAAAUACCUUCUCCUACAUUCUUAGCUCAAAAUCAAAUUUAAGUGUAACAAAGACGGUGGGCGAACUAUUAUUCACUGGUUACGAGGACACAAUAAUUAAUAUGGGAAAAGUCGCCGUUGCUGAUGAGGUCCCACCCUUUGAUCGCUUCGGUUGGUUUUAUAUGAGAAACGGUUCCUCAGAAUUUGAUGGUCACUUCAACAUGGAUACUGGUAAUAGCAAUAUCAGUAAUUUAGGUGUUUUGAGAAAUUGGAAUUACAAAGAUACUAUAAAGUAUUUUAAAACUCCUUGCAAUAUAAUCGAAGGAAGCGCUGGUGAAUUUUGGCCUCCGUAUCAAAAAGAGGACGAGAUCAAUUUGUUUAGUUCGGAUAUAUGCAGACCAUUGUUAUACGAAUUUGAAAAAAAGACCACGUACAUGGAAAUCGAGGGCAAUCAAUAUGUUCUGGGUGAGAAAACUUUAGGAAACAAAACAAGGAGGCGUUAUCCUCACAAUCAGGCAAAAUAUUUUGAGCGAACAACCACGACUGAGAAUUUCUUUGAGUCAGAACACUCGAUGGAAGUUACGCAGAUGCCCGAGGACAACGAGGAUCCCGACGUAGUAAAUCUUAGCAACUGUUAUUGCAACGGCGAGUGUAAUCCCAGCGGUUUAAUAAAUAUAACGGCCUGUCGUUACGGGGCACCGGUCUUCGUCAGUCUUCCUCAUUUUUAUAAAGCUGACCCUAUUCUAAGUAAACAAGUCAUAGGGAUGAACCCUAAGGAAAAAGAUCACAAUUUCUACAUUACUUUAGAACCCACGACAGGAAUUCCUUUAGAAGUGGCGGCUAGAUUGCAAAUUAAUGUACUCCUUCAACCAUCGCAAAUUGUGUCACUUUUCAACAACGUCCCCAAGACAUACUUUCCUAUAUUCUGGUUCUCUAUGAAGGUGAACAUUCCUAAAGAAUUGGCUUCCGAUCUGAAAUAUUUCCUUCUAAUUUCAAGCUUGUUUUUCUACAUUGGUGUGAUCAUAAUGAUACUGGGAAUGUUAAUACUUAUCUCUAUUGUCAUAUAUCACAUCAUGAAAAGAAUUCACAAAAAUCACGAACAACUGAAGUUGAAUAUCACAAAUAUUUCUUCGGAAAAGACUGCAGAAUCAAUUUACAUAGAUAAACCGAAUCACGAUGAAGACGGUCACGUUAGAAGUGAUCGUCGAUUGUAUCCAAAACUCUAUUGAAGGGCUUUCAUAUUUUUCUCCGCCAACAAGUUGUACUUGUGCCAAUCGUGGGCGAAUUUUACGGUCAAUUAUCGAAGAUCCGUCUAAUAUGUUUCGAAGGUAGCUUUUUGAUCGAGGUCGAUUUAAUUGACCGAAAAGAAAGUUUAUCCUUAUCGAAGAAUUACCGUCCUCAUUUGAAUCGGAAAAGUAUAUAAAUAUAUAUAUAUAUAUAUAUGUGUGUAUAUAUAUGUAUACAUAGUCAAAUAUUUUUAUACUUUUAUGAGAAAGAAUGUGGAGAGUAGAUGAAAAAGGAAAAGAAUUUUGAAUUUCAGAAAAAUAUCUUUCCAUCGUCGAACAUUUACAUUCUUUAAGGCCAAUGAGAUUCAUUUUCUUUUCAUUUCCUUUGAACGAGGAUUUUAUAAAUAAUGUAAAGGCGAUAAACUCCUCACAUUUGAAUACAUUCCUAACAUAGAAAUUAAUUGAUCGAAAUCAUAAAAUGAUAGAAUUUAAGACUGACAGCUGUGUAAAUUGUUUUAAUUGUAAUGAUUAUAUUUUUAACGGAAGAAAAACGAGAAGAAUAGAAAGGCAAUGUUAUGUCUCAAAUAUGAUUUCCUAUAUGGAAUUUCUAAAGAUUUAUAAAUGUUCUAACAAAAUAUUUUCUAAAUUUCAAUAUUAAAAAUGCAUUUACUAAAAUUCGAUAUUAAAAAAUAUAUGUGUAAUAGAAGGAUUUAUAUAGGUUAUUAGUGAAGAUUAAUCGAUCGCAUAAUAGAUUUUUAUAUUAUAAUCGUAUCUUGUUCUUAUAAAUUUUGUUGAAAUAAUAAUGAAAUGAAUAUUAUUAAUAAUACCAUUUUAAUAAAAGUAAUAAUUUGAUAGAUUUGUCUGAUAAAUCAUAAUAUUUUCUUCAUCAUGAAAUUAAUACAUGACACGUUAAAGAAUCUGAAAAACUGUGCCAAACAUUUUUUUAGUACUCCACAAUAUACAAUGGUUAAGAGUAUACUGUUUUAAUAUUAAUACUUAUUUUUAUUAGAUACAUGGAAACGAUUUAAUGAGGUGUUCAUAUCUAUGGUGUAGUGCAAUCAUAUAUAUCAAAGGUGUACUAACUGUAAUGAAAUAUCGCGUAAAGAAGGUACAAAAGAAUAAAUGUUAUUAAAGCUUGCGACAUUGUCCUAAAUUUUGUGCAUAAGAAUAAUUUCAUUUCUUCUUUUUUUUAUUUUUUGUCUUUCUUAUAUUCAAUUAAAAUAUAAUUAAUUUAAUAUCUCUGUAUUUUUACUAAUGUAAGUAUAAAAUUUGUAUAAAUAAUGUAUAAGUAUAAAAUUUUCGAAAUCGUAUGUUAGAAUUUUUGUAUGAAAAAAAUCAUGGUUAAAGAAAAUAACAUAAUACAAACAAUUUGCUUAUCACGGCUGUAUAUGAUAAGGUGUAAUGUUUUUGUUCGAGUCAUCUUUCUUGGAAAACUCAUAAAAAUAUUCAUAAAUUUUUGUAAUUCGUUUUAAAUGUUAAUAAAAAAAAAAAUCUAUCAUUUUUAUUAUAUCAUCAAAUUAUCUGUUUAGUUUCGUUUUGUUUCGAAAUAGCAGAGAAAAAAAUGUGAAAAAAUUUUUUUGCUAUAUCGUUACCUACGAUCGAUCAUUAGAGUAACUCCUUGAACAACUUAUUCGCAGUUGACAGAGUAGAUUACUUCUAUAUAUCUAUGUAAAUAUUAAAUUAGUAAAAAUUUACAAUUAUAUCAAUUGAACGUACAUUUUGUAAUUGUUUACAUAUCAAGCUUAAAAUAUAAAUAAAUAUUCUUUAAAA